AUGACCGUGCCCAAGUUUAACGUCCUUCUUACGUUGCUUAGAGAAAGACUGCAACGUUUUUCCAGAAGAAAACCAGUGGACGAGGAGUCACGUUUGGAUAUUACAUUGACAUACUUAUCUCAAGGCUGCAGUCCACAAUUUUUGGCAUGGGCUCAUAAGUUAGGCGUUUCCACCAUAAGAAAAAUUAUUUAUGAAACCUGCGAUGCUAUUUGGAAUGAGCUGCAGUCAGAAUUCGUUGCCCAACCAAAUCGAACAGAAUGGAAGAACAUUGUGGAGCGGUUUUAUAUAAAAACUGGAAUGCCGCAUUGUCUCGGCGCUGUCGAUGGCAAACACAUCAACAUAGUUUGUCCAAAACGUAGUGGAUCUCUGUAUUACAACUACAAGAAGACAUUCAGUAUUGUACUAAUGGCUGUUUGUGAUGAUAACUACACUUUCGUCUUUGUUGAUGUUGGAGCAUUGGGAAGCCAAAGCGAUGGUGGAGUUUUCGCGCGCAGUGCUUUUGGCAACAUGAUAUUAAGAAACAACCUUGAGCUUCCUCCAGAUGUCAACCUUCCUGGUACAAAUACGAUAUUUCCUUAUUAUUUUGUGGGAGACAACGCAUUUCCUCUAAUCAAAAAUGCGCCCAUACCCAGGUCGGAAUUGGUCUCCCAUAAAACAAAAUUUUAA